CGCCGGGAGCGCCAACACCUACCUGCGGGCAGCGCGGGCUGGGGACGGCGGGGCCGCUCGGAGCGGUGUCUGUACGAGCCCGGCGCAGCGGGCCGGAGUCCCUGCUGCUCCCGGCGGCGCCGAGCGGGAUCUUACCACCGCCUCGGGGGCCGCCCGUUCGCGGCCCUGCUGGGAGCCGCUGGCCUGGCCCGAGGCCCCGUGCGGGUCGUUGGGCUGCAGCGGGGCGGCUCCGGGGAAGCGGGGGAUAUUGGGGAGACACAGCGCGAGUGAACCCGGGCGCGGCGCCUCCGCUGCCGCUGAGCGAUCGCUGCUUUGUUGUGUGUUCUAAGUGCAGAAACACCGUGAAGCUCACUUGUCUGUUGCCCCUGCUGUUCAGGCUAAAUGUGUGCGUGAAAGCUGCAGCUGUGACUGCUCGCACUGCGGAAAGCCAAAGGAAGCAAGAAAGAACUUUUUUAGACGGGCUGGCGUAAUAUUAACAGCUUCUUUAGAAAAAACGUUUUGUGUUUCAAGAGAAGAGAUCUGUUUUGUGUAGAAGUAAGUGAUUUCCAGAGGACAGCGCCAAUGACAGAACUGUCUGCACAUUUACCCCAGUUUCAGCAUGGGCAGCUGACAGAAAACUUCCCUGACAACCACCUCAGCAACACCCAAGAGUCCAUGGCCUCUGCUCUGUUUAAUACUGAUCAGAAUGACACUAGCGAAAGACGUCGCCAUGAAAAUAGUGAGCGCAGAAGAAAUGACAAUCCCGAUUCUGAGACUAAUGGGCAGCCACAAAACAACAUUCAGCAAGUGGUGGAACAAGAUGAAGAAGAAGAUGAGGAGCUGACACUGAAAUAUGGGGCAAAACAUGUGAUUAUGUUGUUUGUACCUGUCACGCUUUGCAUGGUGGUCGUUGUUGCAACCAUCAAGUCCGUCAGCUUUUAUACACGCAAGGAUGGACAGCUCAUCUACACUCCUUUCACAGAAGAGACAGAGACAGUAGGACAGAGAGCCCUGAAUUCAAUUCUCAAUGCCGCUAUCAUGAUCAGCGUUAUCAUUGUCAUGACCAUACUCCUGGUUGUGCUUUACAAAUACAGGUGCUACAAGGUGAUCCAUGGUUGGCUUAUAAUUUCUUCUCUUUUGCUGCUUUUCUUUUUCUCAUUCAUCUAUUUGGGUGAGGUUUUUAAGACAUAUAAUGUUGCUAUGGACUACAUUACGGUGGCACUCAUCAUCUGGAACUUCGGUGUUGUGGGAAUGAUUUGUAUUCAUUGGAAGGGUCCUCUUCGGCUCCAGCAGGCGUAUCUCAUUAUGAUAAGUGCUCUCAUGGCCUUGGUCUUCAUUAAAUACCUUCCUGAGUGGACUGCAUGGCUUAUCCUGGCUGUCAUUUCAGUAUAUGAUUUGGUUGCUGUCCUAUGUCCUAAAGGUCCUCUUCGUAUGCUAGUUGAAACAGCUCAGGAGAGAAAUGAAACUCUCUUCCCAGCACUUAUUUACUCAUCAACAAUGAUAUGGCUAGUGAACAUGGCUGAGGAAGAUCCAGAAGCCCAGCGGAAAGCUUCCAAAAAUUCCACUUACGAUAAACAAGCUCCAGCAAACCAGACUCAGAAUGAAGAUCCUGAAGCAGAUGAUGGUGGCUUUAGUCAGGAAUGGCAGCAACAAAGGGACAAUAGAAUAGGACCCAUUGAAUCAACGCCUGAAUCACGUGCUGCUGUUCAGGCUCUACCCAGUAACUCUCAAUCCAGUGAAGACCCUGAAGAACGAGGAGUAAAGUUAGGUUUGGGAGACUUCAUUUUCUACAGUGUCCUUGUUGGUAAAGCCUCGGCAACAGCAAGUGGGGACUGGAAUACAACGUUAGCAUGUUUUGUAGCCAUAUUAAUUGGUCUGUGCCUUACACUUCUGCUUCUUGCCAUCUUUAAGAAGGCCUUACCAGCGCUUCCAAUCUCCAUAACCUUUGGGCUAGUUUUUUACUUUGCUACAGACAACUUGGUGCAACCUUUUAUGGACCAGCUAGCAUUCCAUCAGUUUUACAUCUAGCACGCUUGAUGCCGUUAAUCUACGGAUAUUUGUAGCAAAUCUGGGAGGAGGAAAAAUGUUAUUUCCCCUCAGUUCUCAAGUGAGACUGAACUUUAAUACUCAAGAUUCCAAGCUUGAAUCAUUUCAACUUCCUCCGGUGUUUUGGGGUUAUUUUUGUCCUGAGACAACUGCUGCAAUGGGCACCAUAUGAAUUUGCUGUGUAAAAGUGGCUUCUUCCUGGUGGCCAGUCUAAACCGGGUGCUGUUUAUAUCAGAGGUAAUCUGAUAUACAUACCUCUGGUAAGGACCCACCUGUGUGAAAAUCGCUAAUGCUUCCACCAGCAAUGUGAUCUCUUACCACGGGUUGAUUAUUUUCACAGCAUUAAGGGUGCUCAGGACUUCCUUGAUGUUAACAGAGGAAGCUGACAAAUCACACGGAACUUGCCCACAUAGCUGCACGAAGAGAGAAAACGCAAUUCAGACUUCUUCAGCAGUGAUUUUUUGACAGUGGAGUCCUGACUCUGCUUUGUAAGAAGAAAGGACUUUGUAGCAAUUCGACAAAGGGAGAAGGUAUUGGCACUCUAAGAGUGCUCCAUAACUUCAUAGCCUCUGUGCCUCAGUGUGCUUGGUGUAGUAAAUUUAAAAGCUUUUUUUCAUUGUUGUUAUUUUCCCACACUGGAACUAGAGCCUCCUCUUAGUUUCAGUACUUUGUAUCCUCAAGCAUGGAGUGCACAUUCUGUACACCUGCUCCAGUUUAUGUAGCUACUUAGACUGAAUUAUUUGGCCUUAAUGGAUCAUAAGGCCCUUAUUUGGAUCUUAGAUUCUAAAAGGUUAAUAAACUACAUUAAAAAGCAAUUUCAGGACUUACUCUUUGUGCUCUUGCAAAUCAUUUUGCUAGAACACCAUUUCUAACCCUGUGUUUGAGAAUAGUCACUAACAGCAUGGACUGCAUCGUUCGUAUAUGUUCCUUUUAUUGAAAUUCUUAAGAAACAAGUAGACAUUUGCAACAAUCCCAGAUGGAGUUUAGCUUGCCAGAUCUGGAGGUAAAAGUGCUAUUGGUGUCACUUUAAUGCAUCACUGAAAUUUUUCUCUUCAAAAAUGUCUUCUACCAUUCUGUUAGCCUGAAGUAUUGGUCAGUCAAUUGUCUUAACACCUCAGGUUGGGCAGGGAUUUUUUUUUUUAUUUGCAGUAUCUUUAUUGGUGAGGAUACUUUAGGUAGGUGAGACAUUAAUUAAUAUUACCAAGGAGCAAAAUUUAUGGCCUUCCUCACUUUAAUUGCCUCUCCUGUGAGGAACAGAAGACUGGAAAAAUGACAGAUGACUCAAAGCACUGAAAAGAAGAUGCAAGAUUUUGAGCUUCCCACAAGAAAAAGAAUUCUAACCUUAAAACUUCUAAACUCUGUUUUCUUGUUCAUUUGAAAGAACUUGUUUAUGAAUAAUUACUUGGAAAUGAGUCUUGUGUGAGCUUAAGUUAUUUUUGCCAUAGGCUCUUACUCUGUACAAAGUCUUUUUUAUGUGAGGGAGUGGAUACUACUAAUGGGCAUUCCAUUUUAUGUUCAUCUUGAUACUGGAGUCCUUGCCAAGUAGAACUGUCAAAAUGCUGAUUCUAACUCCUGUUACCCUUUUUCUGGGGUUUUGUUUCAGUGCCUAUAGAUUCAAAGGACUGAGACAUCGCAGAUGCUCACCAACCAUUGCCCAAGUAAGGGAAGAAAGGCUGUGAUAUAUCAAUCAGCUUUAAAACCAAGAAAGGCUUACUUUAAUUAUCCUUGGAAGUGUCUGUCUCUGUUCUGGUAUGACUUGCUAACUGUAAUGUUAGCGUUUACAUUUGCAUAAAAUAUGUUGUCUUGUCUUCCCUAAAGUACUUUUAUUCAUCUCAUUUAUGUGCUGAUUUGUUGCAGAUAGCGUUAAUAAAGUAAUCAUAUCAAAACUGCUUAUACUGACUUCUCAAGUCAAACUUGCUUAUAUUUUUCUGGCUUAAGUCACUGUUCUGUAUUUUGCUGCAGUGAAGCUUGACUUAAAGAGGGGGCUUUUUUACAAGACUUAUAGUUGGUCUUACACUAUUGUAACUUGUCCCUUUCCUGAGCAUUGUAUCUGAAAAAAAUUCCCUUGUGUGUUUUAUUGGGCAUCCUAACUGCUGUUCCAUUGUCUAGAACAGGUUUCC